AUGCGCUGGUGCCAAAAGGAAUCACACUACUCAGGGUAUCUAAAAUCCUCUUAUGAUGGCACUCCAACAAACAUGGAUUUCUGUAGAGGUUUAGGACAACUCACAGAAGGGUUCGACCCAAAAGGUUACGGCAUAAAUUACAAUAGGAAAUCGUACGGAACCGACUCUGACCAGCGUGCUUUGUACUUGGUUGGACUCAUGUUUCAAAUUCAGGUUCUAGAGAAAGACGAGCAAAUUCAUGAACUGAGUAGUAAGCUGCGAGACGCGGAGCUAAAAUCACUGAGCUUGUGUACUGAGGACCAUUUAUCGCGAACUUCCACUGAUCUCGCUCUCGAGCGUGCUCGCUGUGACGAACUAACUCUUACGUUACAUGAGAGCGAAGGUUUAUUGUCACAAGUAAGUAUAGCCGACUGUCUUUCAUACGCAUUGGAAAAUCAACGGCUAAUCGAAGAAGCAAGAGAAGCCAAACAACAACUUGUGUCGUAUCGAGCAAAGCUGUGUGUUUCUCAUAGCAUUCCUUUUCGUUUUCGUUUUGAGCUAAUAAUUAGGGACAGACAUGGCUUUGCGGGAAAUUGGUAG